AAAUUUCCGUGGAGCCCUCAGGACGCGUCUUCCUCCUUCCAGUUGUCAGCCAUGCUCAAGUUGCUGAGUAUGAACCACCACAUAGAUGACUUCGCAAUGAGAGACGCAAAUGCGACAAUUCAUGGAUUCAGACCUUACCAACCAGAUCUCCAUGUCGAGCGCCCGCGUAUUCUGAUAUGCGGCAGAGCUGGGGUUGGCAGUCGUGGUUGAUCAAACAAUCACAGCGUCAUCAGAGGCCACGGUCAGCGACGGGAUGAGAUCUGUAGAUCACGAUAUCAACAAGGAGUACAAGACCUCGGAGAACAUCUUCCACGACUCAAUGGGAUUUGAGGCCGGCGAGACGGCAACGUACGACAUCGUGCAAGCUUUUCUAAAGACUCGCCGCGCAUUGCAGAACAUAACCGAACAGGUUCACUGUAUGUGGUACUGCAUUUCGCUUGACCGAAGACUCGAAGAGGCCGAUUACCAACUUUUCCUCCGUCUCGACUUUGAAAUAGUCAAGGUGAUGUUGGUUCUCACCAAAUGCGACACGCUGCGGGCUGCAGAGAAAGCAAAGGCAACGAGUGCCUAUGCCGAAUCACACCCAGACGUCGACAUCCAGUACGAAUGGGAUAUCUUGCCCAACGAUCGCCCUUCGUCCAAACACAUCAUCGUCACAAAUACACGAAACGUUCUCAAAGCGAAGAAAACCGAGGUCUUGACGCGCCUUUCUGAAAGAGUUCGGGAGGCCGGCAAGACAUGGGGCAUCAACCCAGUUCUCGACUGCUAUCUUGUCAGCGGCCGGUUCCCAAGAGAUCCGGCAAACUUGUUCAAGGAACUGCUCUCCCGGUCACGCCACGUGGGUGAGGAUCUCCUAGCCACCAACCACCGGGAGGCCUUUGGGGCGUCUUUGAGGAGGAGAAGGAUCUGUGCGAUUCGAAAGGCUAUUCCUCUCAUCAAGGACGCCCGCGACUCCUUUCUCAAUCCCUUCAAUCCCCUAAAGUCAAAUGAGGAUCACGACACAGAAUUCCUCAGCUCACUCCACAAAGUGUUCAAAAAGGAGUUUAAAAUAACCUUUGAAGACGACGAGGAGGCUGGCAAGACUGCCUACUUCGCAGGUAUUCGAGGCGAGGCGAGCGACGAGCUGAAGGGCGUGGCCAUGUCAAACCAUGCCAACUCGUUCGGCGACUUCGGCUUCGCGGUGCUGGCCAGCAACCCCGUCGUCUGGGCGGGGGCGGGCGGCCUCGUAGCUAUCAGUGUAGCCGCGCGCGUGAUGAGCAACCGAACGAUCUUUCUCAUCAAGUCAACCGUCUUCCUGGCGCUCGUGUACGACUGGUGCGCGUGGUCGGGCGAGAAGCAAGUUUCAUGCAUACCUAUGUAUAAAAUUUAAAUCACACUUGAUUCACAUUCUAAGCUAUAAUUAGGGACAAUAAAAGUUGAGAGAAAGAAAGCAAGUCUAGAUAAGUUGG